AUGCCUUCUUUACCUAUCUUCUUCAGCGCGUGCGUGUCUUCCUCAAAGAGUGCCGCCGCUCGAAAACAACGACACCUGCGGUGGUUCAACAACGCGUUGACGUCGACGUCGGAAACCGAGGAGGACGGCGUCAUCGCGGCGGCGUGCUCUGAAAAACUCGUCGGAGAAGAGUUUUCGUCUCUCUCGUCGAAAGAGAACUCGGGGACGAAGAGGAUGAUGUAUUGCGAUUACAACGGGUGUCCUCCGGUCAGUUCUCGCUUGAUUCAAAACUGCACUCGAGAACACACAGAGUCGAUGGUUUUGGGCAAUCCGCACAGCAAAAACGCAUCCGCCUCGAUCGCAGAAAAAGCGAUUCAUGAAAGCAGAAGUUUAGUUCUGAAACAUUUCAACGCGCCGGAGUUUGGGGAAUAUCACUGCGUGUUUGUGAACGGAGGGGCGACGAAUGCUGUGCAGUUAGUCGGGGACGCGUUCUUUUCAGUCGGGAAGCGAGACGCGUUGAGUUACGCGAUGGAUAAUCACACGAGCGUGGUCGGGUUGAGGAAUUUAGUUUGGAGCAGAGGCGGGGACGUGUUCGUGCUGGUCGAGAACGAAGAGGAGGAGUGGACGUCGGUGAAGGUGAACGAUUGCGGCGCGAAAAUAAAGACGAAGAAGAAAUGGUUCAAGGGCAACAAAAGUAACCCCCGCGGUAGAAAACAUUUGUUGGCGUACGCGGACGAGUCGAAUUUCCACGGGCAAGGCGUUCGCGAGGCAUGCGUGAAGAGGAAAAUGGAAGAGAUUUGUCGAGAAGGAUCGGAAUGCUUUACGUUAUUAGACGCGUCUAAAUCCGCGGCAAUGCGUCCAGUGAUGUUGAAAGAUAUGGAGAAGGAGUUGAGGCCCGACUUUAUCGUCGCUUCGGCGUAUAAAAUAUUCGGGUACCCAACUGGUGUUGGAUUUUUGCUCGUUUCCAACAGAGCAAUGGAAAUGAUCGAGAGGAACGAGAACAUGAACCGUAAGUAUUUCGGAGGCGGAACGGCGAAAGCGAUCGAUGCGAAGACAAACUUUUUCAUCGCCAAGGAAAACGCGUCUGGUUUGGAACGAGGUACGUUGCCGUUUCAGCAAAUAGCCGCGUUGCCAAAAUGCUUCGAGUGGUAUCAAUCGAUUGGAGGAUCCGAGAUGAUUCGCAUCAACGCCGGUCAUGUCGGGGAAGUCUUAGCGAGUAGAUUGUGGAACUUGCGACACGCGAAUGGUAAACCAGUCGUGGAAAUAUACGGAUCACAGUGGCGUCAUUUAGCGGAACAUUUGAAGAAUCAAAGCGAUUACGACGACCGGUACGAGAAAUUGACGUACGACGGACGGAAAAUUGUAUCCUUAUCUACCGUAGCUUUCAACGUACUCAACGACGACGGAACACACGUUGGAUACUCAAAAGUAGAGCGCGCGUUAGCUUCGCAAAAUAUAGUCGUUCGUACCGGGUGUUGUUGUAACCCAGGCGCGUGCGAAAGCAUCCGGAAGAAGAAAAUCGAAAAUCGGGUGAAAAAAUUAUACGAAACGAAAGGCAAAGUGUGCGGAGAUGAUAUGGGUGUGGACGAUACGGAUGGGGAACCUUUAGGGUGCGUUCGGGCAUCGUUCGGGUAUGCCAGUCGAGUGAGCGACGCGAAGGCUAUUAUUGAAACCAUUGAGCGCGAGUUUGUGUGUCACGCGCGAAUGACGGAUAGAGGAGCAAACGAAGCGCCGGAAACGCCUUCAUCGCCUUCAUCAUCUUCUUCCUCGCUCGUUACAAUUUCGAAAAUAAACGUGUUCCCGAUCAAGUCAUGCGCUCCAUUUAGUGUAGAGAAAUGGUACUUGCUCCCAUCUGGCUUGCUUUUUGAUCGGAAAUACGUGCUCAUUGAGAAACAGUCAGGGAUACCGUUGUCGCAAAAAUCGUACCCGCAAAUGGUGCGCAUCACGCCUUCUGUGGAAACGAUUGAUUUAGAGGAUGUAAACGGCUACGCGUUCACGUAUUUGGUUCUGACGUGUAGUGGUAUAAAGGAAACGCUUCGGAUAGAUUUGAACGAAGAUGGAAAAGAAUUUGAUCUGUCUCGAGAGGGUAACGUUUCCGUCUCCAUUCGCGGUAGCACGCGAGAGGCGAGACUGGUUCGAGAUCCCGCGGCGCACGAGUGGUUCUCAAAAGUUCUCAACGUUGAAUGUUGCCUCGCACUUUUAAAAGACGAGACGAAGCGCACGUUUGCGAAUACUUCGCCGAUUUUAAUCGCCUCGGAACGAUCGGCGAAAAGUUUAGGAUGUGACAUUUCUCGCUUUCGAGCAAACAUUAUUGUGAGUGAAAAGGAGAACGAGGACGUUGAAAAGAAGAAGAGCAAGAAAAAAUCGUCUUCCAAUGACAACGACCUUUUCUUGCUCGAGAAAACUUGGAUAUCGACUUCCAUUUCGAACGAAAAUGUAGGCAUCAAAAUACGUGACACGGUUACGUUAGGAAACGGACGUUUUUGCCACCGUUGCGAAUCUGUCGCCAUCGACCAAACUACCGGGAAACGCGACGAGAAAACGUGGGAGAUUAUCAUGCGCAAAGCGGCAAACACAUUCGGCGUAUCGUUCGACGUUUUGCCGAACGGUCAAGAAGAAGGGUUCAUGAGUAACACAAUCGCCGUUGGUGACGAGAUUCAUUCUGUUCAUUCAAAUUAUAGCGCGCCGCUUACAUAG